UACCGACAGAUGAAUAAUGCAAGAGUCGCGUGAAUGCUUCCCAUAUUUUCUGCCUUAAACAGGAGACGGUAUCUGUAAGAUGCGAGGCUCUGACAGUGUUUCAAGCACACCGCUCGGACUCAAGUUUGCUACGCACAGUGCUUUAAAUUUAGUUCUUUUCUUUAACAAACUUAAUCAACGUGGUUCCUAGCCGAUCGGAUCACAAAAACGAACAUUUAGGCUAUCGGUCUAUCGUGUUGAUUUUGUCUUAUUGUUCUUUUUUAGUUGUUUAGACAGUGAAUAAAGUCGGAGAUCGCGUUAAAUUAAGAGCAAAAUGCGUCAAGCGUUUUUAAAAGCACCCGAACAAACAGUUCUUAUCAUAUCUAGAUCUUAAUAUAUAGCUGUCAAUUUAUACGUAUGGGAUCUACAUGAUGUUAGGAAUUCGGUAAAAUCAUUAUAUUAAUCAGAGGUUGUCAGACUUUGAUUUUAUUAACUUAAAUUGUCGCGUGGUAACCCAAGGAUCUGUAUGAUCAUGAUCCAAGACGUUAAGUAGCCUACAUGCAUUUGGUGUUAGGAUUUUUAACUGUCAUGUACUGAAACUGGUUAGAUUGUUGGUGUUGCAAAUAUUUGGGUGACCAUUAGUAUAGCUAGUUUUUUACGGUUUUCUGAACUGUUUUGGGAGUAAACAUGGGGCCGACAGCUGCAAGCCUCCAGAAUUAAAUCAAUUCACAGAUUAGAUGCGGAAUAAGAUGCAUUAUCGUGUGUGCGCUUUUAUUUUCAUUAAAGCUUGUUUUUCCAUUGCAUUGAUGUCCAGUAGUACGCUUAUCUCUGCUUUACUGUUAUUGACUAUUAGCGAGCGUUUGCUUGCAUGGUUUGCAAUGGACAAAGCUGCACUCGCAGUUUUACUUCAGUCAUGAGAAAUGAUCAGUUCACGUAUUAGGCGCCCCCAUGUUGUUCAUCUUAAAUUAUUUAUGGGGGGUCCCAAAUGACCUGAACGCCACUAAUAAUCAUGCAUUGUGCAAUCGCUUGCACGGUAAAAAGGCGUCUAAGAACGGUGUAGCCUAAAAGUUGUCAGCUGGACCCUUUUCGCGACUGUGUUUCCAUCGGCAAUGGUUUUCAGCAGUCAGAACUACGCGGGCUUUUGUGGUUUCUGCAACCGCCCCAUUUUUACGUUAUUUUGUAAUGUUUUGCGUUGUGAUUGACAUUAUUCCAAACAGGAGUGGCAGAGAUGAUGAGCAAACGAUUUUAAGUUUCAGAAAGCUGAAUCUGCGUGCAUUCGUAAUGGCUUGAUAACUGUCUAGGGUUCGAAGAUAGUGACAAUAGCUGUCAGGUUUUACCGAUGAUGUGGAAAGGCAUUAGUUCAUUAGACAUUUAUAGGACUGCGUUAUUAUUAUUUUUUUUGUGGAAUUAUGAGGUGGUAUGCUUUCCACUUUCAUGUUCCUAUUCGGGCAACAAGGACUUUGAUUUUCAUGAGGAUGCAUCGAACAACAAGAAUUAAAAUCACAGACCUAAACCCACACUUGAUGUGUGUGUUGUGUGGUGGAUAUUUCAUUGAUGCGACCACCAUAGUUGAAUGUUUGCAUUCAUUCUGUAAAAUGUGCAUCGUCCGCUAUCUGGAAACCAGCAAAUACUGCCCGAUUUGUGAUGUUCAGGUUCACAAAACCAAACCACUUCUAAAUAUUAGGUCUGAUAAGACCCUACAGGACAUUGUGUACAAGUUGGUGCCUGGUCUGUUCAAAAAUGAGAUGAAGCGAAGGAGAGAUUUCUAUGCAGAACAUCCCUCUGUAGAUGCUGCUAAUGGAUCAAAUGAAGACCGAGGAGAGGUGGCAGACGAGGACAAGAGAAUAAUUACAGAUGAUGAGAUAAUCAGUCUUUCCAUCGAAUUCUUUGAGCAGAACAAGGCAGAAAAACAAGAGAGUACAGAAGAAGGGAGAACAAAAGAGGAGGUGAAUAACAAGCGGUAUCUCCAGUGUCCUGCUGCCAUGACAGUCAUGCAUUUGAGGAAAUUCCUAAGAAGCAAAAUGGAUAUUCCAUCCACGUUUCAGAUUGAAGUCAUGUAUGAAGAUGAACCACUAAAAGAUUACUAUACAUUAAUGGACAUUGCCUACAUCUACACUUGGAGGAGGAAUGGACCUUUACCUCUGAAGUACAGAGUACGCCCCAACUGCAAAAAGCUGAAACUCGACCACUCCCAGGAGGGGCUGAAUAGCACCAGCCGGUCUGAGAUGGAGAGCGACUCGGCAAGUGACCAAGCCAGCAGUCCGACGGGAGUCCCCUCUACGUCCUCAUCCCUGCCCAGCCCGUCGACUCCAGUCCAGUCCCACCAUCUCCACUUCCCACACAUCUCCAGCACAGUCAACGGUACCACAAAGGCACCCAGCCAGAGCCUACAGUCGCCCUUCACCAACAAAGUCCACAAGGCCAACCUCAUUGGCUCCUCCACAGGAUGAUUUCCCAAAGGCUGUGCCACCAAAGCCAAUUCGCCCAGCUCUAUACAUGUGCUGUAUUCUAGACGCUUUGUUUUUUAAUCACGUCACUGUAAUUAUGUAUGUGUACGUUUUUAUAAGUUAGUGGACAUCGUAUAUGUACGAACGGCUCCGAGGUACCGUUCUCGCAUUUUAACGAAGAUCAAUACUGAAGUAUACAAUCGGGAAUUUCGGAUGUGGUCAAGGUAACGCUUAUAGAAGAGGCGUUAAAACGAUCAUAUAACCAUUUAGGUAGAAGGCUUUGUAGAUCCUCCGCCCCCUGACCCCUUGCCUUCUGGACUGUUUAACUAGACAGUGUUGGGUGUCUUUUUAAAGUUUAUUUAAACCCUUUUUCCAGGAUAAACGGACGGGAAAUAUUUUUACCUACGAAGGCAGCGUAGAUUGCAAACAUUCCCAAUAUCUAACAUUGGAAAACUCAGAAAUAACAUAAUAUUUGACACUUGAAGAAUAUGUAUGGCUGGACAAGAGUUUAAAAGCUGUUAAAUUAACUAGCGUUUUAAGAAGCGGUAUGAUAAAGGGCGUACGAAGUACUUUUAGCUGAAGGGGGGAGGGAGACAUUUCAGAUUGCUUUAAUUCGUGUAAAUGAUUACAGUAGUUUCAGUUUAAUGGUAAUCGAUUCUUUCGCUCACGUGUGGAUGGACCGUAGCUAGCGACGUUGCUGGGUCGGAAAUGAGUAAUUGUCUAGGAUUUACGUAGCCCUAUUUACUACUGUUUAAUUUUUCUUUUUCUUUUUACACAGAGGAAUCACGAACGAAGGUCUGCUGCGUGUAAUCCUCUGUGUAAAAGUUUAAAAAUCAUUUCAUGCUAGAGGGAAUGUUUGGAUGUCUCCACAGUGUUCUACAUAUGUGUAUUGAUCGAUUGUAUGUAAAGCUAUUGCAUUGUUACUGUUGCACAGUAUAAAAUAAACCAUUUUACAUUUC